UAAUUGUUGUGAUAAACUUAUUAAAUAGUAAUGUGAAUGUAUUAGAUGAGUAUGGAACAUGCCUUGUCUGUUUUGUUGGACCACAGCAAAGAAGCUGAAGUUGUUGGACAGCAGAGCAAAACACACUUGUUGUCACUGCACUCUAGCAGCAGCAGCAGUCCAAGUGAAAUGGUUUAUUCUCACCAAGCACACCAAACUUCCUUAGAGUCCUCAGCCGAUCUACAACAACAACAACAGCAACAGAUGAACAGCAGCAGAAGCAACAGUAGUGGCACUUGUUUGGAACAUGUGGGAGCAUUCAGCAACCGAUUCGAUCUGAAUGGAACAAAUGGACGACGUCGACACAAUCACGCCACCAGCACAGUCAUAACCGCCAAUGGCGAGGAAAGAUGGAACUCGUUCGACAACAGAUGGGAGACAGAAGGAGGGGGAGGGGAAGGGGAAACUGAAACUAAUGAGUUGGAUCAUUCACAUGAAGUGUGUGAGGGAUACGAGAGCGAGUCUUCUCUGGACAGCACUUACGAAGACUCUCUUCAUAUGGCAGCCCUCAUUGGCAAGAGUCUCUUAGACAGGAACAGUGAGCUGGAGCGACAGCUGUCUGUGUGUGCGAGUGAGUUGAGUGAGAGGGAGAGUGAAAUGAGGGCAAUGAGAGUUGAAUUGAGUCAGUUGAGGGCAGAGCAGGAACAGCACACUCACAACAGACAACUCCUGUGUGAACAGACUGAACAGCACACACUGCAGUUGGAGCGUGAGAAGGAGGGACUGAAGCGCCAGUUAGAGAUGGAGAGGCGGGAGAGUGAGGAGUUGCAUGUGCAGUGGGAACAGCUGCAGGCCACUUGUGUCUCCCUCCAACACCAGCUGCACAAACACAAGGAGAGAGAGAGGGCAGACAGGAUUGGUCUGCGAAGAGGCAGGAUGGGGAGUGGGGGGGACGGGGCUGAGUGGAGGGGGGCACUGGAGAUAGAGGAGGGGAUGAUGCGAAGAACACACAGUGUGGAUCAACUGGCUGCUAGUGCAGGUGGCCAGGGGGGAUCGGCCCUCUUUCCAGCAGUCUCUCUCUCAUCCAACAGGGUGGUGUGUGGGGGUAAUGUGUGUGGAGGGGUGCGAGUGAAGAGAGUGGAGUGGGAGAAGAGACAAUUGCAGACAGAAGUGGACAGAUUGGAGCACCAUCUCCACUCACUGUCCACUGCUCAAGAUGAGCUGUACGGUAGAGUGUGGGCGGCAGAGUCACGUGCAGAGGUUGGGGAGAGAGUGACACAGAUUGUGAACAACUUCAUCAUCAUGCAUGAACAACAACAACGACAGGAGCACACUCACAAUCGACUGCUGACCAGAGUGAACAACAGCAAGAAGAAGAAGAAGAAUAGAGAAGAGAGUGAGAAAAGAACUGAAGAAGAAGAAGAGGAGACAUUUGGGAAGGAGAGAGAGAUGAGAGAAACAAGUGAAAGAGAGUCUCCUCUGAGUCUUCUGCAGAAGAGACUGCGGGAAUGCUGCCAAUGUUGUCACUUCUGUUGCAAUAGUCGCCACCCAACAACCACAACAACAACAACAGCUGGUAAUACUGGAGAAGAUGUAAAAAAUGGUGACAACUACUUCAGACUUCUACAACUCACAACAGAUGCCAGCAGUAGUCGAUACACUUGCAUGAACAACAAGACAAAGAAGAGUCCUACAAUGAUUUCUGCGAGUCCACUUGUUAGAACAAACGCAAACAACCAGCAGCAGAGCUUAGCUUCAAUUGGUGGCAUUGAGUUGAGUCGACCAAACCAACAAUCGGACAGCAAGUGCAAUAGAGUUGAACAUUAUCAGUGCAAACAAAACACAAUCAACAACACUACCACAAGUCAAAGUUGGAUUCCAUGUUCUGAAACUACUACUAGUCCUCGUGAUGCCUCUUGUAAUGGUAUCACAAGCACUAAAAGGGAAUCGCCACCAGAAGCGGGAUUGGAAAAUAGAGGAGGAGAAGAUAAUACAUGUGUGCAGUUGCAUCAAACUGGACCAGAUUGUGUGAACAGCUUUAAUUGCAAGUCAUCAUCGUCAUCUCAUGCUUCCAACUCCUUCUGUUCCUGCCAGGGUCAGAGUGGUUGUUCGUUGGGAGUGUCGAUCAGUGAGUUGAUAGACCUCAUAGUGGAGAUGGAGGUAGAAAGUAGCAUCGGGAUGAGAGAGUGUUCCAUGACAGAGGACACUGGUCACUAUUGCAAUAAUAGAAUGGAUGGCAGCAGUUGGAGUGAGAGGACAGAGUGUAAUGGGAGCAGUAGGAGAGUAGGGGGAGGGGGAGGGAGUGGGGGUGGGGGAACUGGCAGUGGAGCUGGAAGGGGAGUGCGAAGUGUGAGUUGCCAGACAUUCCCAGUGCCCCGUGGUCUGCUGUCCAGUAACAAGCGAAAACAACAACAACAACACAGCCUCAGCCAGAAGAGUUUUGGUGGCAGCAGUGGCGGAGAGAGGGGAGGGGGGACUACUAGUAGUGGGAGAGUGUGUGCAGUAGUGGAGAGUAUGGCGGUGGGGGAGAGCAGUGCCUCUGGGGACUGCAAACUACUGCUGGACAGCAUCUACAGGGCCAUACAACAAGCCAAGACAUGACACAGGUGGAACAGAGACACAACACAGGCCAUUACAUUGGAACACCACAACACUUGAUAGAACAGGCGGCCACACAGUGCAGUAUGAGAGUAAAAGAGAGAGAAGAGACACAGAUAAGACAUACAAGGAGCACAGAGAAGGGCAGAAGAUGUGCCAUAAAAUAUAACAGAAGAGAAGAGAACAGAAAGAUAUGUGACAUUGAAGAAAAAGACAGAUUGUGCAAUGGAUUGAGUUGAACUGAACUGAAUCUGCCCUCAUAUGCAAACACUGCACCCCCCUCUCUCUCUUUCUAUUCUAAGGAGACGCAUCUGAACUGAACUAAUACUGAAUUAUACAAUAAAAGUGCUAUUCUGAUUGGCUGCUUAUUCUGCUAUUAGCAUCUUGCGUGCAGUUAUCCAUUGAACUAUUACCAAACAGUGCAUUAUUGUAUUAUAGUCUGACCAGCUUGCUUGUUCGAAGCGCAGUGGUAACAAAGAGCCUGUUAAAAUUGUGAGCAAUUCAAACCAUUUCUUUCUCUCGUCCUCAAUCGUCUAUAGGGGGAGCAUUUUCCAGCUUAUUCUCAUGCCCUCUUAUGGCUCCUGGCGACUUUUUUAAAUCUCAAACCAAUCUUGUUCUGCCAAUUUUAGAUAGAAUUAGAGUAGAUAAUUGUUGCAAUACUUUUACACAUAAAAUGUGGGAUGAAGAAUUGAAACAGUCGAAAGUGUUCUGAGAACAGCAAAUAUGUACCGCCUUAAAUCUACCAUGGUGUCAAGUGCUAACCAUGUCCUGUUAGAAGCGACCAUCUGAAUAAUUUUUUUUGCCAACAUUUAAUUCCAGGCAUCAAUAGAUUCUGAAGUUGGUCCAAUUUUGAGUCCAUUAUUUCCACGUUUAUGGACAUAGCAUUAGAUUGUAAAUGCCACUUGUUUGUAAGUUAUCAUAUAGUUUAUAAGUUAUGAAAUAUUUAUCUGUUUUGUUUGUAGUAUUUUGCAUGAUGAUUUGGUGACUAUGUUUUGUAUUUUAUUAGUUCUCUCUCUUAAAGAGUUUGUUGCUUUCUCAAAUUGGCUUCGAAGGGUCUUCAUCAUUAUUCCCUCCCCCUCCCCAUGACUAGUAAGAAUCAAAAUAUCGCCCGUACACUGUUAUUUGACUAUUAUGUGUGCUAUAAUUUACU